UCCACCACCUUCCACACUCUCUCUCUCUCUCUCUCUUCGUUUUCUGAAUAUUUUUUUACCUGUUUUGGAGGUCUUCUCAGGUGGCCUUUACAGGUCCUCUUCACAUUAGCCUUUAUGACCCCUCCAAAUCUAUUCCAUUUUCCUUCGGAUUCAGUGCUUCAAUCCCCCACCACCCCAAUAUAUUAAUCCUUGUCUCUGCAUGUUCUACACCCUUUUUCCUUCUCUCUCUCUCUCUAUAUAUAUACACAUACAAGAAACGAAGAGAUAUAACCGGUUCUUGAUAUCAAGAACUUUGAUAAUUAGCUGUGUGUGUUGUGGUGUGUGUGUGUGUGGAGAGAGAGAGAGUGUGAGAGAGAGAGAUCAUGAUGUUGGGUGUAGAGGAAAUUCUGUGUGAACUUGAGAGGGAUGAGAUGAAUGAACAAGGGUUGCCUCCUGGUUUUAGGUUCCACCCUACUGAUGAGGAGCUCAUAACCUUCUAUCUGGCUUCCAAAGUCUUCAAUGGCAGCUUCUCUGGUGUGGAAAUUGCUGAAGUCGAUCUCAACAGAUGUGAGCCCUGGGAACUUCCAGAUGUUGCAAAAAUGGGAGAAAGGGAGUGGUAUUUCUUCAGCUUAAGAGACAGGAAGUACCCAACUGGGCUGAGAACAAACCGAGCAACAGGCGCCGGUUACUGGAAAGCAACAGGCAAAGAUAGGGAAGUGUACAGUGCUUCAAGUGGAGGGCUUCUUGGGAUGAAGAAAACCCUUGUUUUCUACAAAGGGAGAGCCCCACGGGGGGAGAAAACCAAGUGGGUCAUGCACGAAUACCGCCUCGACGGAGACUUCUCUUGCCGCCACACCGGCAAGGAGGAAUGGGUGAUUUGCAGGAUUUUUCACAAGAUGGGGGAGAAGAAAACUCCAGCAAUGCUGCAAGGUCAAAGCUACUUGAUCAAAGCUUCAAACAGCUCAUUGCCUCCACUGCUUGAACCACCACCCACAACACUGCUAGAAUCCCAGUCUUUUCAAGAUCACCAUCAUCCACCAAUAAUGCAAACCCUAAACCAAAACCCUAAUAACUUUCUGAUGCAAACCCAAGAUUCUGACCUCAAAUCCCUCAUCAAUCCACUUGUCUCCCAAUGUGACCUGUUCUCAGCUCAGCCCACCUCAUCAUCAUCAUUCACACAAAACAAGGACCUCAUGAACAUUCACUUCUUCAAGCCUCCUCCCCUCCAUCACCUCCCAUCAAGCCAAGAUUUCAGUUUCAAGGAACUGAGCGAUGCUAUUGCCAAACAGUACUGCAAAAAAGAAGCCAGCUUUGAACAACCUCAUUUGGCUGAUCAUGGAUUUGUCAACAUGCAGUUGGCAGAAAGGAUUCAAGAAAACUCUAACAAAUAUCAGAUCAGCCCAUUUCUUUUGGGGCUAAGUGAUGAUGAAAUCGGAAUCCCAUCAGCAACAGUAACAGGGAUUGAUGAUAAUGUGACUGCUGCAGCUAUUGAUCAUGUGAUGUCAACUGAGCCGGCUUUCAGGUGGUGGUAGAUAAUUCAAUCCCACCUCCCAUCAAAGUUACUGCACAUCGGUUCUUGGCCUCUGGACCUAAUUGAAAUAUAUAUAUAAUUAAACUUUCAUAUAAAUUUUAAAGAUAUGGAUUUAUGAUCAUCAGCUAUGUGUGUUUGUAUAUAUACAGAAUCUAGAGAUUCUGAAUAUGUAAAUGAGCUGGUGAAAUUGGAGUAGUACGUAGCAGUGGUUGGCUCUUUCAUGCAUGAAUCAUGAAUGUAACCUUGUAGUGGUAGCUAGCAUUGAUGAACACUAACUGUUUGCUACUAAGGAAUUCUAGAGUACUGUUUUUGUUGUUUUGUAUAUCAAGCUUACAAAACGUACUAGUGCUAGCUAGUGCUGGUAGAUGUAUAACCAAAAUCUUGGGUGAAAGAGACUUGA